AUGAGACAAAACGUCGGUGCCGUGGGCCUCGUAGCCCUCGCCCGGGUCGUCGCUGGCUGGAGCUGUGACACCACCUCGCCUUGCCAGUCCAGCGUUGAUGCUAUCGCGGCUUGUGCUACGGAUUGCAUUGAGUCCGCUGCUGUCACCCAAGCAGCCUGUGCUACAGGAGACUAUCAAUGCCAAUGUGACAAGACAGAUGUCAUCCAGAAUGCAGCAGUCGGCUGCGUUCUUGGUGCCUGCGGUAAUGGAGCGCUGGCUGUUUUGGAUGAAGUUUCCGCGCUGUGUGCCUGCGUUACUGCUCAUCCUACCACGCCUUGCUCUACAAGUACAACAGUCGUCACUACAACUCAGCCGCCUUCCUCUUCUACCCCCUGCACGACAGACGUGCCGCCCACCACUGCUCCUACCACUACUGCACCACCAACUACGGCACCAACUACAACGCCGCCAACCACAGCACCACCACCGACUACAACCUCUGGCUGUGAUGCGUCUUCGCCCUGUCAAGCUAGUGCCGAUGCUGUUUCUGACUGUGCAAAGCCAUGCAUUGAGUCUGCUGCCGUAACUCAGGCCAGUUGUGCCAUCUCUGAUUAUGAGUGCCAAUGCAGCCAGAAUAAUGUUAUCCAGGCCGCAGCUAUUAAUUGUGUCCUUGGGAACUGUGGAAAUGGCGCCCUUGGUGUUCUCCCCCAAGUUAGCUCUCUAUGUGCCUGCGUCACAGCCCAUCCAACAACUCCUUGCUCAGGAGGUUCUACCACAAGCACACCUCCUACCACCAGCGAGCCUCCUACCACCAGCGAGCCUCCUACAACAAGUGAGCCUCCUACAACAAGUGAGCCUCCUACUACCAGCGAGCCUCCUACCUCUGAGCCACCUACCACUACAGAGCCAUGCACAACGACAACUGGUCCAAUCACUUCAGCGCCCCCAACUACAACCAGUGGCUGCGACUCAGCUUCUCCAUGCCAGGCCAGCGCCGAUGCCGUGUCUGCUUGCGCAAAACCGUGUAUUGAGUCUGCUGCCGUAAGUCAAGCCAGCUGUGCUGUCUCUGAUUAUGAGUGCCAGUGCAGCAAGAACAACGUUAUUCAGGCUGCAGCUAUUAACUGCGUUCUUGGGAACUGCGGAGGAGGUGCACUAGGUGUUCUUCCUCAGGUCAGCUCCCUUUGCGAUUGUGUUACUGCGCAUCCAACAACUCCUUGUACAGGAGGAGGCUCUACUACCAGUGCGCCUCCCACAACCAGCCAGCCUCCCACCACCACCGGGGGUUCCAGCUCAUCUGUUGAGACCUCUUCAGCUCCCACUGGAGGCAGUGGGACUACCUCGGCUCCUCCUACAACUUCAGGCCCGCUAUGCACAGGAACAACUGCAGACUGUGGUGCCGUUGCCAGCACGGCUGUUCCUUCUUGCGCUCAAGCUUGCUUUACGAGCGCAGCUCCAAAGAUCCCUUGUGACGUUCAUGACUAUGCUUGCCAAUGCCAGCCAGCAGCUCAGAGCUCCCUGACUCAGCUUCUGGUUCCUUGCGUUGCCACCGCUUGUCCUGCAGCUUCACUUCAGGCUGUCAUUGCUGGAGCUUCAUCAGUAUGCGCCUGUGCUACAGCACCUCCCAGCCCAGGUACCUGUGCAACUUCAGGCCCUGGUGGAGGUGGUUCACAAACUACAGGACCCGGCGGAUCACACUCCACAGGCGGAUCUACCGUCGUACCGCCGCCUACGACUACGGGACCCGGUAACUCGGGCUCUACAUCCAACUGCCAGCCAGUGACGGUCAAGCCCAACUGCGAUACCGUGGCUAGCUCAGCAGUCCCUUCGUGUGCUCAAAAAUGCUUCACAUCCGCCGCCCCUGGUGUUGGAUGCGAUGUCCACGAUUACGCGUGCCAGUGCAAGCCUGCUGCGCAGUCUAGCCUGACCCAGCUCCUCGUUCCAUGCGUGGCUACAGCUUGCCCUGCAGCUUCACUCCAAGCCGUCAUUACUGGAGCUAGUUCCGUGUGUGCUUGCGCCAGCGCUUCGCCCACUCUUGCUCCUGGCACAUGCGCGUCAGGUAGUCCUUCUGGCUCAGGUGGUGGCUCUGGAGGUCCCACUGGCUCUGGCGGCAACGGAUCAUCAACUGGAGGAAGUGGAGGAAGUGGAGGAAGUGGUGGUGCUAGCCCUACUUGCAAUUCAGAAGCUCCAGACUGCGGUGCCGUUGCCACCACAGCUGUUCCCUCGUGCGCCCAGGCUUGCUUCACAAGUGCCGCUCCGGUCAUCUCUUGCGGUGUUACCGACUACGCCUGCCAGUGUCAACCUGCAGCUCAAGCUAGCCUGAGCCAGAUUCUCGUUCCAUGUGUUGCAACGGCGUGCCCAGCAGCAUCGCUGGAUGCUGUUAUUACCGGAGCUUCUUCAGUUUGUGCUUGUGCUACUGGUUCAACCGGCUCUAGCUGCGGUAGUGGCGGCAGUGGUGGGAGUGGCGGCUCCGGCGGCGGCUCUGGAGGCUCAGGAGGCUCUGGAGGGAGCGGUGGAAGUGGAGGAUCUGGAGGAUCUGGAGGAUCCGGAGGUAGCGGAGGCAACGGCGGAUCUGGCGGCGGCUCUGGUGGAAGCGGCGGUAACGGUGGUGGUAACGGCGGAGGCAACGGCGGAGGAAGCCAGCCUACUGGUCCGGCCGUGCCCCCAAGCUCAGGUGCUAGACUGGAGAUAAGCAUUGUAGCUGGAGUUUUUGCCAUUGGUUGGGCGAUUGCCGUUGCAUUGUAA